UUAACUAAUAUUUUGAACUUGCAAUUAUUAAUAUCUAUGUCAAUUAUUAACAAAGAUUUUCAACUUUCACUAUUACCUAUUAAUAUCUAUUUUUCAACUAUUAACUAUCAAUUUUCAACUAUUAACUAUGUCACUCAUCUAUAUCAAUCAUUACCGUUUUUCCACUCAUUGUGGGACCGUUUUCUCAAGCCUAUUGAACACUAUAUUCUUUUUUCUAUUGACGGGCUCUUUUAUCUUGUUUAUUGACGAAUCCUUUUCUCA